CGCACAAAUUAUAAUAAUAUUAAUUAUUAUUAUCAUAUUAACAAUAAAUAAUAGUAGUUAUAUAUUUAAAACUUCGAAAUUAAACAUUUCUAGCUGUUCAUAUAAGUUUUCAUAUAUCUAACGGAUUUCUUGAUAACAGCGAGAUUAAUACGUGUUUCAAGAUCGCAAUUGUUACUAUCAUAAUUAUAAUUGUUGCUGUGUCGUUUCUGUCUCAAACAGUUAGCCCUACUUUGCACUUUACAUCAAUACUGAUGGUCACUGGUGACAUAUACGAUAGAUAUACAAACAUAUUUGAUGAUACAUACACGUGCCGACUCCACAAAAGUGAAAGUUAUUUAUUCUCACCAGAAGAAAACACCCGAACUUUGCGGCUCCUAUUUUUGCGAUUAUUAAUAAUAGUCAUAAUAACAGCAUUCAUUUACUUGUCUCCUUGUCUUCCUCUUUCAUUACAUACACAGUUUAAUAUCGCUCUCUAAGAUAUAUUCUCAAUCUUUAUUCUAUAAUUCCUUUUUGCUUCCUUCCGUUAAAUAUUGAAGGAUAUCCAUUACACUAUAUCCAUUGUGAACAAAGAACGGAAACUUCGAAGAAGAAAAAAAUAUAUAUAUAUACAAUAUAUAUAUAUAUAUAUAUAUUUCUUGCUCUUCCAAUUGGAUCUCGAACCCGUGUUUAUUUGGGUUUGCAUUUUGGCAUUCAGUUGCUAAACGUACCACAUCUCUUUCAAGUUUCCCACCCAACCGUUCAAGCUGUAUUUCACAAUGAAAAGAAGCCUGAGUGAAUCGGAGCAGGAUGAUGUCUUUGACGACCGACUCAAAGCUGGGUCGCCGUCACAGAAUUGCCAGGUCACAGACCGGAAAAAAAGACGCGGGAUUAUCGAGAAACGUCGUCGAGAUAGAAUAAAUAACAGUCUGUCAGAACUGCGUCGCCUGGUGCCAACAGCCUUUGAAAAACAGGGUUCCGCCAAACUCGAAAAAGCCGAAAUUCUACAGAUGACAGUCGAUCACUUGAAGGUACUUCACCAAAAAGGACUGAACGGUUACAAUUAUCCUGACCAACAUGCUUUAGCUCUCGAUUAUCGAAUCGUCGGUUUCCGCGAAUGUGCCACGGAAGUGGCACGUUAUUUGGUGACGGUCGAAGGAAUGGACAUACAAGAACCAUUACGAUUACGUCUGCUGAGUCACUUGCAAUGCUACUGCGCCCAACGAGAAGCGGCGGCGGCCACGAAAACGCCACACUGGUCUUCAGUGAGCACGCACCCCACCAUCAACAAUCAAUACAACGGUUCCAAUCACAUGACCUCUGUACCGAAUAUGAUUGGUACAGCGUCAACACAACACACAGGGCAAAAUGAACACCAUUUGUCGACGAUCAGUACAAGCCAUUCAGGACUUUCAGUGGCGACGAGUGCUGUCCCCCCUUCAUACAGCGAAGCCAGGGUCAGCCAACAGACAGAAAUAUCAACGCCUUCAUCGAGUGCGUUGCACAGUCAUAUGCGACUCGCGACCACAGCGCCUGCCGUGGCAUCUGCUUCUCACCAGAUGGCAGCAUCUUUGAAUACGCCCACUCAGAUGCAACAAAUAUCACCGUCCAUGCUUCCAACCAUGCCUCAGAUCAGUCAGUUCCCAGUUUCCUUAAAUUCCUCCAUGAUGUCUCCAAACAAUCACACGUACGGCAGUGGAAACGGAGUUGGGAUCAACCAACACGGACCUUCAGUAAAGCCAUACCGACCGUGGGGUACAGAAUUGGCUUAUUGACUAUAAGAUAACAAUAAUGGUCUUUCUUUCCUCUUUUCUCUCUCUCUCUCUCUCUCUCUCUCUCUCUCUCUCUCUCUCUUAUAUAGAAAGCAAAGAAGGUGGUUAUGAAACAAGAGUUUGACUGUUAAAGACAUUGCAAUGUUUAGUUCUUAUUUCUCUGUUCAUGUUUUCGAGUCCUGCCAUAGUCGACUUCAAGAUUACCCCUUUCGGGGUCUUGUAUAGGUAUAUAUAAAUAUCCCAACUAAUCUACUGGAGUCGAUUGAACUGAAAAUAUCCCAACUUUUUUUAUUCAAAAAAAUUGGCCUUGAGCUUAAGUAAAAAAGCAAUAUUUCCCACUCCCUCACUUUUUCUUUUCUUUUUUUUUUUUGUUAACCAAAAUAACUACGACGCCAUAUAUUUCAAAAUGUAACUGCCAUGCUAUAUACAAGGAGCAACAAAAGAUCUUCCAUAUUCUACACAGCCUACUGAUGAAGUUAGGCAGGGGGUAACGAUGUUUCCAUGUAGAUAAUUUUUUUUUCUUACCAUUCAAGGCGGUGCCUCAAUAUGUCCACAGUCUAAUGUCUAAGUAAAACGUAAAACAAAACAUUAGACUUGAAUUGGUGUUCGCCGUAUGGUUGUUGUUGAUGUGUUUAUCAAGAAGGGUGAAUCUGGAAGGUUCUUUUCGUUGCACCUUGCAUAUGUAUGUAUGUAUGUAUGUAUGUAUAUGUUAUGGCAGUCACAUUGAACUAAAUUUUGUUGACCAAAGUUCCGUCGGUCUGACAGCAAAAUGCAAUCCUAAAUAACAUAUCAUAAUAGAAACCAGCAAACAAGCAAUUCCACGUGUUUCUCUGUUUGCCCAGUUUAAAAAGAUCUCCUCUUUCUAAAAUCACCAUUUACGUUCCACCUGGUUCUUCCUGUCUGUGUGUAAAUAAUUUAAAUUCAUCUUGAAAAAAAAAAAAGGACGAUUCAUUCAGUUUUGGAGAAUGUUUGUUUUUCUUUAUAUAUAUAUAUUCGUUUGUUUUUGUCUUUCCAAAACAAAUCUGUGUACAAUAUUAUAAAGAUGAUUCCACA